AUGGCACUUCCGUCUCCAGAGCUCCUGGGCACCCAUACGGCAUUAGCCAAGAUUCUGCAUACCUCGGGUAUGGCAGAAUCGAUAGAUAAACUUAUGGAGGAUUGUGAUGAAAUCGUAUGUAUGGCGAAUAACGGCAGUACCAACUUUGGCGACAUACUCUCCGCACGUCUGCACACCAUUAGUGUGGGGUUGAGUAUGGCAGAUGGCCAGGUCUAUAUCGCAGCAAAGACGAUUCUGUGUGCAGGAGCCGCUGCCGAGAGCCUAGUUGAUACUGCAACUGUAAUGAAGGAGGGAAGCUUAGGAAUAAGUCGUCUGUAA